AUGGCCAACAGAGAAGAGACUCCACAGCUCUCACAGCAGGAGCGGCCUCGUGAUGUUUGCUAUGAUGAAGAAGAGGCGGCUUUGAAAGGUCUCCGUGAGUCAGUCCUCUCAGACUUGGGGAUGGCUUUCUCAGCGGCAACCACAGGAGGGAAUAACUUGCCACAAGGAGCAGGCGACGAAGAAAACGUGGAAGAGACGAGGGAGUCUGUAUUGUCUGAACUUGGUUUUGAUGGUGGUUCCUCAAAGGAAAGCAUAGAAGCUAAGGAAACAAACAAUGAUGAAGCACUUCUUAAGGAUGUCAGAAUGUCUAUACUAUCCUCUCUUGGGAUAGGGGCCCAAUGUACCUCUGAUGAUAAUUCGGUCGCACGAAGUGAAGAUUAUGCGCAAAUCGUCGAAAAGGAAAAGGAAAAGGAACUUGUGGGUAGGCAUAUCCUUGGAAUUGGCACAACUGUACCAGCAAACAACGUCAACAGCACCAGUGGCGACACACUUGUCGACGAUGAGAGUACCAGAGCUCCCCUACCUCCUGUUGAAUCACUCCAGCAUUCUGUGUUGGCAAGAGCUCUGGCUAAACCUGGUGCCGUUUCCGUACCUGGGACUUAUUAUCAAGGUUGUAGUGGUGCACUUCAGGCCAACCAACAAGAAACGCUUCAGGCCAAUCAACAAGAAAACGAAACUGAAACUGAAGAAGAUUACUCAUCACAGGCACAGACUGAUCACCAUCGGAGAGGAACAGAGGGCCUAGUGGUGGCUAAUGUGGUCAUGGAUGCAAGUGGACCGACUCUUCAUCAAGCAGAAGAAGUGACCCCUGAAGAAUUGCAAAGGAACAAGAGGCAUUCCUCAGUUGCAUGGCCGUUGACUUUGUUGCUGGCUGCUGGGUUUGUGGGAAUCGCUGUGUUAGUGGUGGUUCUGGUUCUUGUACUCCGUAAAGACAGUGAUGAAGGUGGCUAUAGCAACGACCGUAGCAAUGAGUCCACCUCUUUUCCUAAAAACGAGACUUCCUCACCAAUCCCAAUGACAGCAGGGGAACGUGUAAUGUCUCUACUGCCUAACUUUACCGUAUCGGAACUACAUUAUGGGCAGUCUCCACAGAAGAGAGCAUUCAAGUGGAUCAUUGAGGAUCCGCUCUUUGACAAUUACACUGAUCACCGCAUCCUUCAGCGCUAUGCCCUUGCUACAUUCUACUAUGCAACAGGAGGGGGGACCAAGAGUUACUGGUACAAUGAGGAUCAUUGGCUCUCAUAUGACCAUCAUGAAUGUGAUUGGUGGAGCAGAAAUACAAAACUUGUCCAUUUCUAUACAGUUGACAUGAUUGGUACGAAUGGUAGUCAAGAACCAGAUUUUGAUCCGUGUGAGGAAAGUGGUGAACCAUUCAACAGCACUUCUCCUCACCAAAUGGAGGAAGGUGGUAACUAUCGACAUCUUUGGUUGGGCACAAACCAGCUUGGAGGAACCCUUCCAGAUGAGCUCUCCCUGCUUUCGACCCUCAAGAGUGCGGCUCUCCUCAAAAAUGAAAUCCAAGGAUCAAUUCCAUCCCGUCUGUCCAAGCUCACAGAAUUAGAGGCUCUAUUCUUGGACAGCAACGAACUAUCUGGGUCUCUUCCAACAGAGCUUGGCACGCUCCCCACGAUUAGGCACAUCUGGACGUUGGCCAACUUUCAAUUGGGUGGCACCAUCCCAACAGAGAUUGCUCAGCUGUCAACUUUGAAAGAGUUAUUGAUAGACAGUAGCAACCUGACUGGACAGAUCCCUUCGGAGCUGGGCUUGAUGUCAAACCUGGAGUUUUUUUGGGCAUGGAGCAACCCAUUGACAGGUACUCUGCCCACAGAGCUUGGCCUCAUGACAUCCAUGCGACGGUUUGGGCUGUGGAACUGCACCUUGUCCGGGAGCAUCCCCACAGAAAUGGGAAUGAUGGAGUCCAUGGACGAGUUGGCUUUUGAUGAUAACCCAAAAAUGGUGGGCACCAUUCCUUCGGAGCUUGGGAUGCUGUCCAAACUGACAACCCUCCAUUUUGGCGGAACGUCACUCACAGGAACAAUCCCUACAGAGAUUACACAGUUGCCAUUGGGCUCAUUGUUUCUACACAAUUCAGGCCUUUCUGGCUCUCUUCCAUCAGAGUUGGGCUUGCUCUCUGGUUUGUGGAGACUUUGGUUGUUCAAUAGUAGCUUCACGGGGACACUUGCUACAGAGUUUGGAUCUUGGCAAUCAUUGGAGUACAUGAGAUUGCAAAACAACCAGUUUUCGGGUCAAAUCCCAAGUGAAAUCGGAAGGUUUGAGAACCUGACUGAGUUGCUGUUGCAUGACAAUUUCUUUACAGGCACAGUGCCCAAAGAGUUGGGGCUGCUGCAAAAGUUGACCACUUUGUCCGUCAGCAACAAUAGCCUUACCGGCAGCAUUGACCCUGCUUUGUGUGAGUUGGGCUCCUGGCUGACGGAAGGGGCGACAGGAAUCCAGGUUGAUUGUGACUUGGUGGACUGCAGUUGUGGUGUUUGUGUUUGUGAUUGAUUUGCUGAGUUCUUUCCAGGCAGUGGCAGAGAAGGGACUCUACUCUGACCAAAUUUACAUACUAAUAUAAUAUGCUUCACGUGGAUGAAUGUAUACUGUAGGAUGCAUUGGCA